GGCGGAAGUCGCCUCCGCUUGUCCGAGGUCGAGGUCGGUGCGCCCGGGCCUGACCCGGGAGGGCGACGGAGCCCCGGCAGGCAGACUGGAGUUCUUUGCUGACGUUUCUUUCCAGAGAGAAAUUUAUCUUUUGACUUUGUCUUACCAUGGUCUUGGCUGACAAAUUGCUGAUUGGUACUUACAAGCUCAGAAAAUGCCUGAAACCAGGCGUUGCUUUGUGCUCUUUUAGGGGAGGCUGCUUGGCAAACUAUUGUUCCAGUAACUCCCCAAAACCUGUGACACUUCCUGGCAGCACCUUUGCUCAGAAUACAUCUAGAGGGGGUUUGCAAGGACAUCGGCCCAAAGAAGCCGAUUUGGAUAUAAGUUCUCCUGAGGAAAAGCCAGAAAUUAGUUUUGAUAAAGCCAUUCGAGAUGAAGUCAAGGACCAUUUUAGGCGUUUGAAGGAUGACAUUGUGAACCGCUGGAUAGGGCCGGAAGGCCGCCCUCUGCAUGAGGUCUUGCUGGAGCAAGCCAAGGUUGUGUGGCAGUUCCGUGGAAAAGAAGAUUUGGACAAGUGGGUCGUGACUUCGGAUAAGACGAUCGGAGGCCGAAGUGAAGUGUUCCUGAAGAUGGGCAAGAACAAUCAGAGUGCGCUGGUGUAUGGGACCCUGAGCUCUGCAGCACCUCUGGACGGGGAGCACAGCCGCAGUGGCUAUUGCGCCAUGAUAUCCAGGCCUCUGAGGGGCCCCUUUGAGAGGAGGAGGUCUUAUGACUGGUCCCAGUUCAACACUCUAUAUCUCCGAGUUCGGGGAGAUGGUCGGCCUUGGAUGGUGAAUAUCAAAGAGACCACGGAUCUAAUCCAGCGGAAGGACCAGAUGUACAGUUAUUUCAUGUUCACCCGUGGUGGCCCCUACUGGCAGGAAGUCAAGAUUCCUUUCUCCAAAUUUUUCUUCUCUAAUAAAGGAAGAAUUCGGGAUGCCCAGUACCAGCUGAUGACUGAUAAGAUUUCUUCCAUCGGAUUCACCUUGGCUGAUAAAGUAGAUGGUCCUUUCUUCUUGGAAAUAGAUUUUAUUGGUGUAUUUACUGAUCCAGCCCACAAGGAAGAAUUUGCCUAUGAAAAUUCUCCAGAACUUAACCCAAGACUUUUCAAAUAAAGAUUGGUAGUAUAACUAAAACAAUAAUUAAAAGUAAA